UUAAUUUUUUAAUCAGACAUAGCUCACAUAGAUCAUAAAUAAAUUAUUAAAUUAUUAUUUUAGAUAUGCUACGAAAUGGUAUAAAUUUUCAUCAAGAUCACAAUCGCUGUUGAUUAUAACUCUUACAAAAACUUUAUGCUUUGCGGUUUAACAUCUGGUAACAUAUUUUCAUUAUCAAUAGCAACUUACGCUGUAGUAAAAAAAAUCUUUAAUUUUUAUUUGUAAUAUAUAGAAGAAAAUUUAUACAUACAUCUGUACAUGAUUUAAAGUAAUAAGAUGAAUAAAAUAUAUUCUUCUUCAAGACAUUAUUAUCACCCAAAGAUUAAUUAGUUUCGCAUGUGUAGCUCCUUCUUAAUUCUAUUAAGAUGUUUGAACGACUGUGUUAUGACAUUGACGAGUUCUGCCUGAGAACUUCUUAGAUUUUGCUUAGACACGAAAAAUUUUAAAAUGGAUUGCAUCUUUAUUUAUUUACCAGUACACAUUUUAUGCUAAUAAAUAUAAUUAAAAUAUAAAUUAUAUCGAAAUGGGUUAGCCUUCACCUUACAUUCACAAUUUUUAAUUCUCCAAUUUCUCUCUUAUAAAAUCAAAAUGUGUCAUGAGACAAAGAUGAGAGUUAAAAUCCAACUAACGAACCGUUGACUAAGUACAAACGAAUCGAUCACUUUCACACGUCAUCCCAUAAUUUUACAUUAAUACUUGUAACCGUAAAAACUGAUCGAUAAAAUGACAGGAUACCAAAUGUCCCUUCUCAUUCUCAUAAAUAUUUGAAUAGAUUUGAAUGUAGAGCAUCACGCAAUGAUACUUUGGACAUGUGAAUGUGUACAUGAAAAGAGAAAGAGAGAAAGAAAAAGAAUGAGAAGAUAAUUUUACAAGUACUUAUUUAAAAUACAAGAAUAAGGAAUGAAAUAGUUACAUAGGAUAGCAUCUAGCUAGAUGAUGCUAACGAUUCUUGACAUCCUAUAAUUUCGUAUUAUUGAACACUUGGUUUUAAAAAGUGACGGCACAUGUUCGUGUCAUUCGUAUAGUAGAACUCAAGCAGCAAUAUCAUACUAGUAAUGCUAGCUCUACAAGAAUACAAUAUUAAUAAAAUAUUAUUGUCAUAUUUGGAUCAUUGGCCACUCCAAAAUAAAUUCGUAAAAAGUUUUUUACCAAUUUCAAAUCUUGUGCUUCAAAUGAGUAUUUUUUCAUUUGAGUUAUUUAAUGAGAAUUGGAACUAUGAUAAGACACGAUCCUUAUACGAAGCUGUAGAAAACUACUGGAAUAUAUAUACAAAUAAAUUUAAAAUACAUAAACUAAAAAACUAUUCUAUCCAAUCGCAAAAGUUUAUAAUAAUUUAUUCAACGAUACCAACAUAUGUAACGACUCCAUCGAUACUCGAUAUUAUGUGGCCUCCUAACAAAUUACAACAAUUGUUUACGAUUUCCAUAGAAUGGAAAAUAGAUAUGGACAAGUAUUACAUACCGAUUAUUUACAACACUAUUUUAAUUAUGGUGGAUAUAAUUAUUCUAAUUGGUGCCGACAGUAUAUAUAUUGUUCGUGCUUGUAGUUCAUUUUCUAUUGUUAGUCAAAAAUUCAAGACAAUGACGUCAAAAUUAGAUGUCAACAUGGAAAUUAGCAAAUGUUACAGAUGUUACAUAAACGCAAAUGUUAGCGAAUGCUGCAUAAAUACAAUAUUUAAAUCGGCAAGCGAGCGAGUGAUAUACCAGGAACACAUUAUAUGUUUAAAGAAAUAUCAGAUUGUUUUAGAGUUUGUCCAGAUAUUGAACUCAUUAAAUCGAGUAGUGACAUUAAUCUGGUUGUUUAUUGCUUAUACGAUUUUAAGUCUAGGUGGAAUUCAACUCGCAUAUGUGUUGGAUAAAUCUAAAACGGUAAUAAAAAUUAUUGUCACAGUCAUAGACAUGGUACUGCAACUCAUGCUCCUUUGCUAUCCUGGUCAAAAAUUGCUAAAUGAGAGUCAAAAUGUUUUCUAUCAAACAUAUGCUAUAAAAUGGUAUAUAUUCUCACCAAGAUUAAAAUCGUUGUUGAUUAUAAUUCUUCAUAAAAGUUUUAUACUUUGCGGCUUAACGGAUUGUAAUAUGUUUUCAAUAUUAAUGAAGACUCAUAGUGCAGUGGUGCAAGCAGGCAUAUCUUACUUCAUGAUAUUUUUAUCACUCAAAGAUUAAUUAGUUCUGUAUAUUUUAUAGCCCUUCCUUAAUUCU